CUCGGAAUAGGAUGUCGACUGGCCCGCCGCCGAAGUUUAAGCCUGAUAAUAGAUUUGACCGUCGUGACCGAGAGAGAGAUAGGGGCAGACAUGAUCGCAGAGACUUUCGGGAUCGUGGCUUUCGUGAACACAGGGAUGGACGUGAUUCUCGGAGAGAUGACCGUCGGUUUGAUCACCGUUCUGAUAAAAGAAGAGGAGACAGAAGACAUGACUUCCGUCCUGAGCGUCGCCGUCAUGAUCGUUCCCCAGAGCCGAAAGAGCCCAAGGAAUGGAAGGAGCCCAAGGAAUGGAAGGAGCCCAAGGAAUGGAAGGAGCCCAAGGAAUGGAAGGAGCCCAAGGAAUGGAAGGAGCCCAAGGAGCCUAAGAAGCAAUUGAAGAUCCUGACUCGGCCAAAGCCGCGUCCCACCCUGCUCGAGGAAUUCAGGAGCUCAGAUUCUGUCUAUUUCCGAAAGCCUGGCAAUGAAUCGGUGAUUGGUGCUGGUACUUAUGGAAAGGUCUUCAAGGCGAUCCAUAUUUAUACCCAAAACAAGGUUGCUCUGAAGAAAAUACGAAUGGAGGGCGAGAAAGAUGGAUUUCCCGUUACAGCUGUGCGAGAAAUCAAAUUACUCCAACAUCUCCGCAACCAGAAUGUGGUCAGUUUACUUGAGGUCAUGGUCGAGAGGAAUGAGUGCUUCAUGGUAUUUGAGUAUCUCUCACAUGAUCUGACGGGUCUCAUUAACCACCCAACCUUUACACUCACAGCUGCCCACAAAAAAGAUCUCGCAAAACAGAUGUUUGAAGGCCUGAACUAUCUCCACCAUCGAGGCGUUCUUCAUCGCGACAUCAAAGCCGCCAAUAUUCUUAUUAGCAACACAGGACUACUGAAAUAUGCCGACUUUGGACUCGCCCGAUUCUUUUCCAAGAGUCGCCAGCUCGAUUACACAAACCGUGUCAUCACUAUCUGGUACCGGCCACCCGAACUUCUCUUGGGUGAAACCAGAUACGGACCGGCGGUGGAUGUUUGGAGUGCAGCUUGCGUGUACGUUGAAAUGUUCACGAAGAAAGCCGUUUUCCCUGGAGAAGGAGGUGAGAUAAGUCAACUGGAUAGGCUUUACAACUCCCUCGGUACUCCUAAGUUGCCCGACUGGCCGAACAUUGUCGAGAUGCCUUGGGUUGAAUUGAUGGGUCCCCGUGGGCGAAAACCAAGAAUAUUCGAGGAUGUAUACCGGGAGGUUUUAUCUCCGGCUGCUCUGGAUAUGGUGUCCCAAAUAUUCCGCUAUGAUCCUGCCAAACGGCCGACUGCUGAGGAAGUCCUUACACACCCUUACUUUACGUCUGAGGAGCCACAGCCUCAGCAGGCUAUCGAGCUCGAAAACAUUGAAGGUGACUGGCAUGAAUUCGAAUCCAAGGCACUGCGCAAAGAGAGGGACAAGGAAGCCCGUCGCGCAGAAUACCAAAAGGACAAGGAGAAGAGGAAAGCCACUUCGUCAGUCCCUCAAAGCGAGAGGGAGAUCAAACGUGUUAAGCAAGACAACGAUGACAGUCUCCAGCCUUCGGAGCAAUGAGUCAGUUUGCUGUUUCGAUGCUAUUCGAUCUACAAUGCUGAUCGCUUCUUCAAUUACCUUUCACCUAAUACUUACGACGGUUUCCAAGCCGUCCUUGCUUCGCAUCUUUGGGAGUCUUGCGAUGCUGGUCCUCAAUUUUUUUUGCAUUUUUCUCAUGCCCAAAAGGUUUAUGAAUGGGGAUUACGGAGCAGUUCUUUUGCCAAGGGAGUUACUCUUUUAGAUAAAUACUCUUGAAUGGGUGUAUUUAGUGUAUAGACUCGUAUUUUCAACAAUUUCCACACGUCACUUUAAUAAUAUGACUUCACACUUGGUAUUUGCAUUGGAAUCGGGAGUUAAAGGCUUUAAGACACGUGCCAUUUGAAG